UCUAACCUAACGCUUCUCAGCCAUAGGUUCCUUUCCCUUUAUUUCCUUAAAACUUUUCUGUUGCGUCACUGAAAAAUCAUAGCCCCUUGCUUUGUAAUCAUACCCCUUUUUUAUUUAAAGUUUUGCCUCCUUUCUCAUUAAAUACAUCCUCAUUAAUGUUCCUUUUACUUUUCAGAAACAUAUAUUCAGUAUUAUAGGCUUGGAGCUCUUUUGUUUUCUCCCCGAAGAGGUAAAACCCUGGGGAAUUUAAGUAUCUACUUGAUAGGCUCACACAAUCUUAAUCAGCCUAUAAUGGAGCUAAUGGCUGUUUGUCAUCCUUGGAGAUAUAAAUUUCCUGGUGAUGUCUACUGCAGUCAGUGCAUGAAGUAUGCUCUGACUGCCAGCAAGGUCUAAUAACCAGGAGAAGGGCAGCCAGCUUCAUUAGCGAGAGGGAGACUGUGCCGGCUGCUUUUCUGGAUAACUCCGUUUUUUGAAUGCUGAGGAGAGAAAAUGGAUAAUGCUGUUGAUGGCUUGGAUAAAGCUUCAAUCGCUAACUCAGAUGGACCAGCCCCAGGAUCCCAAACUCCUCCCUUCAAGAGAAAGGGCAAACUUUCUACCAUUGGCAAAAUUUUUAAACCUUGGAAAUGGAGGAAGAAGAAGACCAGUGACAAAUUCAGAGAAACGUCAGCAGUGUUGGAAAGGAAGAUUUCGACAAGACAAAGCAGAGAGGAGCUGAUAAGAAGGGGAGUGCUGAAGGAAAUGCCUGAGCAAGAUGGUGAUGUGACAGUAAAUUUUGAAACUUCAAACGGACACACCAUAGCUAUUGGUGAAGAAACCAUACAGGAAGAAAAUGCAGUAAAAGCCAGUGGAGAUAAUGGCACUUUAUCAGAGAAACCAUGUGGGCCAGAAGGAAAAAAAGAAGAUCAAAAAGAGAACACUACUGAUCACUGCCCAGAAAUAACUGCAUCCCAUGCUCCACCACUACCCAAGUCUAAGCCUAAAUCUAAAAAAGCUCCGCUACCACCAAAAAAUGCUCUUGCUGCUUCUACCACCACCAGCCAUAAGAGUAAUGAAGCACCUCAUGCUAAAAAAAAGGGAAAGGCUCCUGUUAAGCAGCCUCCUCUCCCACCUCCCAAGCCAACAAGCCACAGUGCAAAUCGAGAAGUUGCUAGUGCUUCACAUGCUAAAAAAACACCAGUCUCCAAGUCCUCUUCAUCACCAUCUACUUCGUCCACAUCAUCUCAUCCCAAAGCCUCUAAAGAGACUUCCAGCAAAUCAGGCACAUCAGGAACUCCCAGGGGCAAGAAAAGGCCUGGGAAACAAACAGCUUCACGAACGGCACCAGAUGGGGCUGCCUCUUCCCCUUCAGGUGCCAGUACCAUCAAGUUGGAAGCGAAGGCAGAAAAAUCUGAGCCUGAGCAACCUUCCAGUGUAAUUCCUGAAACAGAGGAUGUAGGCGAACCAAGCAAGCUGGUUGUCCCCCCUCCUCCCAUCACUGCUCCUCCUCCACCCCCACCCCCACCUCCACCUCCUUUUACUUCUGCAGCUGCUCAACUCAUUGUGUCCUCAGAUGCCCAAGAUCCAUCUGUUCCCGGAUCAGAUAGUAAACCUCUUCUCCAGGCUGAGCGAGGCACAGAUGAGGGCCUGAGCAGUACAACCUCAGACAGCAGUCCAGAUGUUCGUGGAGAGGACGCAAAAAGCUUGGCUAGCAAAGACAACCAAGAUGCAAAGGCAGCUGGCAAGACCCACUCUGAACCAGCAGAGAAGACUUCUGAUGCUGCUGCUGCUGCUGAGAGUGAAAGCAGCAGAGAGAGCCAUGGCAGUGACUCUGAUUCUGAUGGGCCCAUACUUUACACAGAUGAUGAUGACGACGAUGAUGAUGAUAAUGCGAGUGCUGAAAGCUCUUUGGCAAGUAAAAUUCGUCGUAGGGAUACUCUUGCUAUCAAACUUGGCAACAGACCAUCUAAGAAAGAACUAGAAGACAAAAACAUCCUGCAGCGUACAUCUGAAGAGGAGAGGCAGGAAAUCAGACAUCAGAUUGGAACGAAGCUUGUGAGGAGACUUAGCCAGAGGCCUACAACUGAAGAGCUAGAGCAGAGAAAUAUCCUGAAGCAGAAGAAUGAAGAAGAGGAACAGGAAGCCAAAAGGGAAAUAAAACGUAGACUCAGUAGAAAGCUCAGCCUGAGGCCUACCGUGGCUGAACUUCAAGCAAGACGAAUCCUACGGUUUAAUGAGUACGUGGAGGUUACGGAUUCUCCAGAUUAUGACCGUCGUGCUGACAAGCCGUGGGCCAGGUUAACUCCUGCAGACAAGGCGGCAAUACGGAAAGAACUGAAUGAAUUUAAAAGCACAGAAAUGGAAGUACAUGAGGAAAGUCGACAGUUUACCAGGUUUCAUCGUCCAUAGUUGUAUGGCCACAUCCCAUGUUUUAUGUAACAAUUUUCUUUGGGGAAAUCAUUGUGUCCUGAAGACCCAAGAGUGCACUGGAACUUGACUGAGUGUGAGCGUAUCUUGCAGCUUGCCCUGAAGUUAAUGAAGGAUGUGGCCUCGUCUUUAUUAAUGAACAAAUUAAUUGACUAGGAGGAGAAGCCAUAUGAAGUGUUUAUUUUAACAAAGAUACAUCUCGAUGCUAAGACAGAGCAUGGUGCUGUGGCCAGCCCACAGAGACGAGCUGAUGGUCUUCUUCAUCAGAGUUUGACACAUCGGGAAGAGCAGAAGACAAUCACUUGAGAGCCUAGGGCCAGGAACUCCUCAGACCUUAUGGCAUUGUGACUGGGGGUAACUGAGGAGGGGAGCGUGAGGAGGACUGAGAGCAGGGGGAGGGAGACUUCCCUUGUCAGCCAAAAGUGAAUGGUGGGAUGGUUGGCACUGUUUAGGGAUGCACUUGGCCAGUGGGAAGAAUCAUUUAAAACAAACAAACAAACAACUGUGUGAGCAGCUGUGCAUGUAAAUUCUAGUGGCUGCAGCCUGUCUGAGAAAGACAGAAAGCCACAAGUCCUCAUGUCAUCAGUACUUUAGUGAAGAACUGUAAUUUUCUCUGGUGCCAGUAAAUGCAGAUGCCAGAAAUUAGUCCUAUUAUAACUCAGAAGUCUUUUUUUUAAAUCCUGAUGAGCAUGCUUCAAGAAAAUACAUUGAACAUUCAUACAGAACAAGUAUAUUUUUCAUUUUCUAAUGUUGACAUACUCUGGAUCCUCCUAAACAGGUAAACAGGAUUCAGACAGCAAACGACACCUGACGCUAUGAAUGCAAUGAAAUUAUUUGUGUUUAAAAACACUCCUUUCUACCUGUCACUUGCCAUUCAAACCAGAGGGAUCACUAUCAUCCUCACCUGUGGCAGGCAGUAGCGACAGCUUUGACAUAACGUGUUAGUGUGGAUCCAAAUUCAGAAUUGAAAUGGGGCACAAAAGCCCUUACUGGCAAGUUGGAGCAGUGAUUGCUAAAUGACAUUUUACAUGUGAGAGCCCUUGCGCUGCUUAUAGGAAGGACUCACAUAUGAAUCAGUGUGUCUUCAGUCUGUGGUCUUGUGAAAGUUAAUAGAAAAUCCUUAGAGCAUCUGCAGCCUGUUUUUGUUGAGUGUGAAGAAUGCUUAUUAGAUCCAUAAAUUUUUAUACUAUCUUGGAAUUGUGUAUGUGAAGACUGCUAUUCAAACUAAAUGGUAUGGAGUGUGAAAGGCAAUACAUGCUUUUUGUAAGUUGGCCCUAAACCUAUUAAAAAGCCUGUGGCGUUGUUUACACUAAGGAAUUCUCUGUCAUAUAUUAGCACUUAUUUAUCCUUUGAAUUAUGUACACAACAUUUUGGGGGGGGGAAGGGGGGGGAAGAGGGAGGGGGAUAUGGAAUUCACAUAUGCAUACAUGUAAUGCAGUAUUACAAUAUAUAUGCUAUUUAUCCUUUCUAAUGUGUGUACAUAUUACAAUUUAUUUUUGUCUUUUAUGUGUCCUGCUUAGUUUUUAAUUAUGAAGUGUAAGUAUUUCUUUUUCAGGCAAUAAAAGGUCUGCAUAGAUGUGAUUCUUACCUCAAAACCUGCAGUAGAUUCUUGUGGAAUGUUUUUAUUUCCUAAAAUGGAAGAUUGUUGAUUUAGAUGUCAGCCUAAAGGCAGGAAGGCAAUUUAGUGGCUUAAAUUACAUCUCCCUCUUUACUGAUAUUUACAGCAAGAUUAGGUUUGCAUAAAUGAGGUGGAUUAUUUUAGUAAAGAGCACUUGAAGUAACAGGAGAGUGCUUUCCAACAGCGGCCAUCCUAUUAUCAUAAAUGAGUUGACAAACUUUUUUUUUUUCUUAAAGAAAAUAGAUUUAAAUGUCUGUUAGGAUCAUUUGUAUUUUAGUAAAAAUCCAAUAGAGUAAGAGCCAAAAAUAUCAAUAAUCAAAUAAGAUAGCCAUCUACGUGCUUGUAGAUGUACAGCAAAGAAAAGAAUAACCACCUUGCUUUUUUUAAUGGAAUCAAUAAGAGGCAUUAAGAUUCCAUUUGCAGGAAAUAGUUCAGCUUCUGCAAGGGCCAUCAUUUCGUAAACAUAGAAAUAUCACUUUGACAUCAAGGAAGCAGGGAAAAUGUAUUCUUUGGCACUAAAUCAUACAGAAAUGAUCAGGCCAUUAGAGAGUGAAGGUUUGUCAGCAGUUCUGGUAGAAUCCUAAUUUUUAUUUUUAGAAUUUGAAGACCAAACUUAAAACCUUAUACCAGCACUUAAUAAAUAGUUCUGCGUAAGGCUUCUUUUUGUUGCCAAACUUGGAAAUGUGUGUCCAAAAUCCUAUAAAGGUUUACUCUGUUGACUUUGAAGUAUGAAACACAAUAUUUGACUUCAAAGGAAACAGGUGGAACAAUUAACUACACCUCAGUACUGCUUUAAUCGCUUUCAAACUGUUGGAAGUACACAAGAUACUCAAGGCAGAAAUACAGCUGGGGUACAGAGUGUAAUAGCUUUGGCCAAGGUCAGGUCAGACCACACAAACUUUAUAGAAGAUAGCAGUUCCAUUGACAUGCCAGGGUAUAUAAGGAUUUCAUAAGUGAACUAAUACUCAUUAGGCUCUUAGGAUGAAGAGAACCAAGUGACUCUGCAAGAAGACAUUCCUCCAGACCAGGCUGAGAACAUGAACGGCGAGAAACAUGCUGCCUUCUUACUUAAGAGCUAAGGCACAAAGAUGAGAAUACAACUUCUGGCUCAGGCUUCCUCAAACUGCAUUUUGCCAUAAGGCAUGAGGAUAUGUAGGUGAGGUAUCUCUUAGGUUUUCCUAUUCUCCUCCUGGUUUUUGUUAGUUGUUUUGUUUUGCCUUGUUUUAAAGUAUUCUCUAUGACUCAUUGCUGGAGACAGAAUACUAGCCUGGGUGGAGAUGCUGAGCUGUUCUUUCAUUUCUUGUGUAAUUUCUUAAUACUUCCAUGAUAAAUAAUCAGAUGCAUUCUUUUGCCUGCGGUUCAGUUAGCUACUUAAGCAAAUGUAUGUAACUGGACAAAAAGAGUUGCCUUUAUUGGGACUUAUGUAAAAAUGUAGUAUAUUUGGAGAAACAGAACUAUAAACUAUCCAUUGUGUAUUGUACUCACGCACAGACUUAGAAUUGUAUAUAUUAUUUUUAUAUUCUAAAUAUCAACUGGGAGGAUGGCAACAGCUGUAAAGUGUUACCCACACAAUAAAAAAAUGAGAUUUUGGUAUGUCACUGUGAAGCAAGUUUGCUUUACCUUAUUACCUGCUUACCUGCUCAUCUACUGGUCCUCUGUACUGAUUCCAGCAGCUUCAAGUUGCUAUAACAGCCUGUUGGACAGUUGUGUACUUAACUCAUCAUGAUGCUGCAUGCCUGUCAGCAUGGAAAAAACAGGAUAAGCCCUGAGAAACUCCUGAAUGAGCAUUCCUGGUGGAAAGAAAUUAAAAGGAGAUUUAAAAAUGGCAAAGAAAGAGUAACACUUCCCAUAUAAUACAUAGAAUGGGCAGCUGACUAAAAGGGAUCAAGCUGUAAAUUUCUGUCAGGUUGGACAGUUCAUUUCAGUAUCAUCUAGAGCAUGUGAGAAACCUUGCAUGCAUAGCUAUGGUCCACAAGGUCAGAUGUCAACUCAGAUGUCCACAUCCACACAGGAGAAAAUUAGUGGCCUGAAGUGGUGGUUUCUGAACUGACCCUCUGGGGCACGUUUAUCGCAUGACAGCGUGUUGCUGUAUGGGUAUGGGGGUCAGGUGCUUAAGCAAAUCCUAAUUUAUUCUUCACAAAACCGGUUGGAAUGGUUCUAGAACACCUCUCUGCUUUCAUAUAUCAGGCAAUAUAUGUUAGUCCUUACAGUUUCAAAUGAGAAAUUCCUCAAAAUGUGAUGUGUGUAGAAUCAAAAACUUAAAAAAAAAAGUAAAAAAAGAAAAAAAGCUAACUGUCAGUGAUUAUUUAAAUCAAAAAACAUUUCACAAGCAGCGUUUUGAAACAGUGUAGGACCAGGAGCCAUGCCUCUGAAUGACUGCAUGCAUUCACAGCCUCUUGCAGGUCUGCAAGGCUGCAUCCAUGGGUGGAUUUAGUGUUUGCACAUGGCUCUGCAUGCCCCUUGCUGAAGUGGCUUUCACCCCCCUGCCCCUGAGCUGUGGGUCAGUACUUUCAGCAGCUUUUUGCCUGGUUAUAAACAUGGUCUGAGCCUCCAUUUUGUAUCCUUGUAAGAAGAGAAGAUUAAAACUGCUUAUCUACUCCAGCUGCUCAGGAGCCACCUGGAGCCCAGGCAUGGGCUGAAGGAAAGGCCUACACGGCCUGUGACGGCCAUGCUGCCCCAAGGCCUGCACUCCAGCACCGCUCUGGUUGGGCCCUGCUUGUGUCCAGCAGGGAUGACAGUGUGAACCCUUCUCCUGACAGGCCCACUAAUGCAUGAAAUGGGAAUGUAAACCAAGCUCAACGCAUACAUCUGCGCUGCUGAGUGUAUCGGAACCCUGUUGUUUACUGCUUUUACAUCAUCUUUUUUUAUUUGCAUCUCAAGGAGUCAAGGCCUGUGCUGCUGCUGUGAACUGAAAUAUAGAUGUACUCAGGGUGAAAAACAAAAUAAACUCUCCUCCUGGCUUUAGGAGCUCCCACAUUCAGCUCCAUUAUUGUGAUUAUUUUUAUCAACAAAGCUCAGUGCAAUACCUGCUGCUGGCAUCUAGCUUUUGAUGGACAAAAAACCCCCCAAAGCUGAAAGGUUUAGUAGGUUGAUGUUAGAUAUUCCGAGGAAUAUCAAAUAAAAAGACAAGUAAAUUAUCUAGAUUUGAGGAUAAAAUAAAAAGUAACUUCCCCAGAACAGAUCAAAGUUUCAGUUUAAAAGAAAUCUGAAAAAAAAAAGGAUAUGUAUCUAUAUAGAAAAAAGGGAGGAAUUGAGUAAAAACAUAUUUCACUGUAAUAUUUUCACAGGUUUCUAGUUAUUAAAUGUAAUCAUUAGUAAGGUCUUGAUGCAUUUUGUCAGUGCUCCCAUCUUGUUUCAAGAUUUUAUUGGAAACAGAGCGUAUGUGGACUACAUACAGCAUUUCACCAAUAUUUCAUUGUUUUCUAGAAGCUAAAUAUUGCAUUGGAAAGGAACAAAGAAAUUAAUGGAAUUCUCAGUAUGUUCUUGUUCAAUCCCUAAUUCUUUAUGUAAAAAGUCUUGCAAAACUAUGUCAAAUUUAACCAUAUUUGAUCAUUGUUAUGAUACAGUAAAAUGUUGCUGAACAUAUCUUGUCUUCCUUUCACUACUUUGUGUGGUGGCAUACUGAUUUGUAGACUUGUAUCAAUUUUGGAAUUAAAGAAAUACUGUAUUUUGGACAA